CCCACUUGAACACUUGGGCAAAAUACAGGAAAUACGUCAUAUGAGUAGACAAGCGGUCAAGUCAAGUCGUGUGAUGGCGUAGUGCCAUCAGGCGUUUAUAUAACACAACGACAGAAUUCACCGUAACAGACCAGUGAAGAGCAACGCAGCGGAGUCAGUGGGUGUGACCGGAGCAGCGCGUCACUCCGCCGGUAACCGGCGCUGCUGCUGCUGCUGCUGCUGAUGGAGAGUGAGACAGGCGGAAGGUGGGUGUGGACAUCCGAGCCAUUGUCGGGAUAAACGCACCUCACGCUCGGGCGACGGAACGCUGAGCUCGCGCUAAUCCACGGUGGAAGGGACGCGCAGGAGAAGAUUGAAUAAACAAUUCUUGUUUGCCCGAGGCUUCAUUUUAGGAAUCUGACACCAUGACUGCAGAGGAGAUUAUAAACAUUAAAGAAGCAGAGAUAAUCAAGCUGAUCCUGGACUUUCUGAACUCCAGAAAGCUACACAUCAGUAUGCUGGCGCUGGAAAAGGAGAGUGGGAUCAUUAAUGGACUUUAUUCAGAUGAUAUGCUCUUCCUGAGGCAACUUAUUUUAGAUGGGCAGUGGGAGGAAGUUUUGCAGUUCAUUCAGCCUUUGGAGUGCCUGGAUAAAUUUGACAGGAAGAGGUUUCGAUAUAUCAUCCUAAAACAGAAAUUUCUGGAAGCUCUCUGUGUGAACAACGCCAUAUCUGCAUCAGAUGACCCUGAGAAUAAGGUUUUAUUCAGGAAGCAUCCCAUGAUGACCUCUCCUCUUUCCCACCUCCAGCUGGAGCUGACCAUGCAGGACGCGGUGAAGUCCCUUCAUUCCCUGGAAGAGUUCUGCCCGACCAAAGAAGACUACAGCAAGCUCUGUCUGCUCCUCACGCUCCCGCGCCUCACCAACCAUGCCGAAUUCAAGGACUGGAACCCCAGUACGGCCCGCGUCCACUGCUUCGAGGAAGCCUGCUCCAUGGUGGCCGAAUUCAUCCCUGCGGACCGCAAACUGAGCGAAGCCGGAUUCAAGGCCAGCGGAGACCGUCUGUUCCAGCUCCUUAUCAAGGGAAUACUGUACGAAUGUUGCGUUGAAUUCUGCCAGAGCAAAGCGACUGGAGAAGAGAUCAGCGAGGAGGAGGUUCUCCUAGCUGUCGACGUUCUGUGCGGGAACGGUUGCGAGGAACUGGACUUGAGCUUGCUUUCCUGGCUGCAAAACCUCUCGCCGUCGGUUUUCGCUUGUGCGUUUGAGCAGAAGACUCUCAACAUCCAUGUGGACCGGCUCGUCAAACCGGCCCGGACGGGUCAUGCUGACCUCCUCACACCUCUGCUUACCAAACUCUCGCCCUGCCCGGCAUCGCCAUUACACCGACCCCAAUCGGCGGAUACUUACAUGUCACGGUCUCUCAAUCCUGUCCUGGACGGUCUGUCGCACGGUUUGGUGGGAAGGGAAAAGAAAAGCGCUGAAGGUGAUGGAAAAGCAGCGGCCAUGUCACAGUCUUUCGCUAACUUUGGGUAUCCUUCUGGGGGAAAUGGAAGCAACGUCAUCAGUGGAUCGCCUGACAGAAAACAAGCACAGGCCGAGAGGAUCAACGGCUCUGGAGAAACGAACUCACUGCGUCCUCCACUGACUCCUGGCAGGGAUGGAGGAGCCGUGGGUUCAGGUGAAACAUCAGAGGAGCAGCUGCAGGAGUUCCAGCGUCAGCGGCUGCGAGUGCAGCAGCAUCUUGAGCAGAAGCAGCAGCAGAGGCAGCUGUACCAUCAGAUGCUGCUGGAAGGUGGAGUUCAUCCUCCAGACCAGCCCACAGACACAGCACAGCACAAUCUCACACAGAAGUUCCUGAACAGGUCCAUUCAGAAACUGGAGGAACUGAAUGUGGGAAUGGAAGAUCUGGGAGAAGACGUGCAGGCUUUGGCCCAGCAGUGUAACGGUACGGCAGCGAGCGGAGCCGGUAAACAGACCCCAGAGAGCGGCUCCGGCCGGAACAAGACGGCGGUGAUCAGCAGCACCCCUCAGAAAGGAGGAGGCCGGGGGGUGCCGUCUCUGGACGAGUCCCCAGUGCUGGUCAACCAGAGUGUGUUUCAGGAUGAGAAGCCCAAAACCCCAUUCAUUGCAGUAGAGACGCUGGAGGACACGCAGGCUGUGCGCGCCGUCGCCUUCCACCCGUCUGGGACUCUCUACGCAAUCGGCUCCAACUCCAAAACACUGCGUGUCUGCACUUACCCACAGUCCCUCAAAACCAGCUCUGAAGCUCCAGUAAAGCAGCCUGACAUCUGCUUCAGACGUAUUAAGCACCAUAAAGGCUCUAUUUACUGUGUGGCCUGGAGUCCCUGCGGGCAGCUUCUUGCCACAGGCUCCAAUGACAAGUAUGUCAAAGUUCUUCCUUUCAACGCAGAAACCUGCAACGCCACAGGGCCAGAUCUAGAGUUCAGCAUGCAUGACGGCACCAUCAGAGACCUGGCGUUUAUGGAGGGUCCAGAGAGCGGAGGUGCCAUCCUCAUCAGCGCCGGGGCUGGAGACUGUAACAUCUACACCACUGACUGCCAGAGAGGACAGGGCCUGCACGCGCUCAGCGGACACACAGGGCACAUUCUGUCUCUGUACACGUGGGGCGGGUGGAUGAUUGCCUCCGGCUCUCAGGAUAAGACGGUGAGGUUUUGGGACCUGCGUGUGCCCAGCUGUGUGAAGGUGGUUGGGACGGCUGUGCAUGGAACAGGAAGUGCUGUGGCCUCAGUGGCAGUGGAUCCCAGUGGGCGGCUCAUGGCCACCGGAUUGGAGGACUGUCGCUGCAUGCUCUAUGACAUCAGAGGUGGUCGCAGCGUCCAGGCGUAUCGGCCGCACACCAGCGACGUUCGCUCUGUGCGCUUCUCUCCUGGUGCACACUAUCUGCUCACCGGCUCCUACGACAACAAAGUCAUGAUCACUGAUCUUCAAGGCGAUCUCACCAAAAGCCUGCCGGUGACUGUGGUCGCUGAACACGGCGAUAAAGUGAUCCAGUGCCGAUGGCACACCAGAGACCUUUCCUUCCUGUCCUCUUCAGCUGAUAAGACUGUCACACUGUGGGCGUAUCAGCCUUGAUCCACAGUCGUCUGCUGACACACACCACGUGGAAGAGCACAGAAACACUGAUCCUCCUGCACCCGGAUUUAGAAGGACCGUUAAAAGGUCAAAGUAUGUCAGUGUGUGUUUGAUUGUAUUUCUAUGUAACGUCCUCCAGUAUAUUCACAUGAGAAAAGAAAACUGACUGUUCAUUCUCAGCUCUAGUGAUGUCUACAUUUGGAAUUGCAUGUCUACUGGAAGAAACAGCUUUAUGUCAAAUGUAUUGCAAUUAAAAAACUACGCUUUUUCACUUUCAAACACGAAAAAUGCCACACGUAGCAUUGCUUCUGUAUUUUGCUAUUUCGAGUGAAUGAAACAGUCCUGAGCUGAAUUGUGCCUUUAUGAUGUUCUCUGUAGUUACACUUAUUCAACUGAAUGUCUUGUAAAUAUGAGCUUUUGUAUAGGACUAAAUGCUAAUCAAAGCAUAAAAGCAUUGUAUAGCACAUUGCACUAUAUGAACUUCAUACCAACACUGUUUAUGCAGCAUGAAUAUUCAUCUCUUCAUUUAAAUAAAUGUAAAUAAAUCAACAGCCCGUAAAUACUGAGGAUAAAUGUUUUGUGGAAGUCAUCCUCCUCAGUGUUGUUCAAACGGUUUCAUGCAUUUUAGGAAUGCUUUUAUUUUGGAUUGUCAUUUUCCUAAUGCAUAUAUUUAUAUGCAUCACUUUUGCACAUCAAUUCAGCACCUUUUUCUAUUGACACAGAGGACAGAUAUAGGACUCCUGCAGUCAUUUGUUGUAUAAAGUAUGUGUUGGUAAUUUAUUUGAACAUGGAAAUAAACAGUUUUCGACUAUGGGAAUAAUGAA